GAGCUCCACGCCCACUUAAAUGGCUCCAUCAGUGCUGCCACCAUGAAGAAGCUGAUGGCACAAAAAACCCAUCUUCGGAUCGGAGAGGAAAUGGUCGUGAUUGACAAGGGGUCGAAAAGGACUCUGGAAGAAUGUUUCGACAUGUUCCAGUUGAUACACCAGAUGACCAGCAGACCCGAAGACAUAUUAAUGGUAACCAAAGACGUCAUUCGAGAAUUUGCUGCAGAUGGAGUCAAGUAUCUCGAACUAAGGAGCACGCCCAGGGAGGAGAAAAGCACAGGCAUGACCAAACGGACCUACGUGGAAGCUGUCCUCGAGGGCAUCAAGCAGAGUCAGGAAGAGGGACUGGACAUAGAUGUGAGGUUUCUCGUCUCGGUGGACAGAAGCAAGGGGGCGGCUGCGGCCAAGGAAACCGUGAAGUUGGCGGGGGAUUUUUUGCUCUCCACCGACGGUGUGGUCCUUGGUCUGGACCUGAGUGGAAAUCCGAAAGCGGGGCGUGCCCAGGACUUCUUGGAGCCCCUUCUGGAAGCCAAGAAAGCUGGUUUGAAGCUGUCGUUGCAUCUCUCAGAGAUCCCAAAACAGGAGGACGAAACUCGGCUGCUUCUGGGUCUUUCUCCGGACCGAAUCGGACACGGGACGUUUCUUCAAACAUCAGAUUUGGCCACGGAGGAUCUGGUGGAUCUCGUGAGGCGAAAGAGGAUACCUCUAG